AUGAGAAAGAAAUUGAGUUGAUGGAAGAAGUAAAUUAUAAUUUAGUUGAAAAAGAAAAGGGAUCAGAAGAUGAAUGUGAUGAAGAUGAUGAUUCUAGAGUAUUUGUGUUAGAUGAAUCAGCUCUGGAAACUGCAAAAACUAUAUUUGGUUUACAGAAUCUUCAAGAUAUACAAGAUGGCGAAGGGGAAAGUGAUGAGGAGGAAAGUGAUGAGGAGGGAAGUGAUGAGGAUUUUCAUAUACUCAAUAAUAGUGGUGAUGAAGGAGACUUUGUUAUACCUGAUGCUAAUCCAACAAAGCUAUCACCAUGUGUUAUAAUUGAUAAUUACAACUCAGAAGGGAAGAUUUCUCAAUGUUGUUCAACAGAAAAAUUAGUACCAUUAGCACGGCUCUUUGGAACAUGGGAAGUUGAUGUAUCUGCAGGUUCUGAUUAUGAUUUAUAUGAAUAUGGAGUUUGUACCAGCCAUUUUAAUUUUGAUCUUAAACAACUUCACAAUCCUAAUUCUACAAAAAAAAAUAUUAAUAAUAGUAAAAUUCAUAAAAAAAAAUGUCUCAUGUGUAAUAAAAUCAAGUAUUUUUUUGCUAGAGGUAAUAAUUGUACUCAACAUACCUGGAAUAUUGUUGGAAGAAAUAUACAAGUUCCAUGUCUUGGCCUAAAAUCCUGUUCAGCAUUCAUGGAAAUUCAUAAUGUUGCUUCCAAUACUUCAAAUGAACAACGUGUACGUAAUAUUUGCACAAAAUGUUUUGAGUCUUGCGGUGGACAUUUACAUAUACGUGGAGGAUCAGGAAACAAAUCCAAUUCUAAAUUAUGUGCUAAUAAUGGAAUGCAUGAAGAUGAUGCAACUUUGGUAUUAGAUUUAUUUGCAAAUUGGAUCUCAAAAGUUGCUAAUUCUGGAAAUGAUGAUGAAAAAAAGAGGUUAAUAUGGUAUUUAAUACCUCUAUUAGAAACAACAACAAAAAGUACUGAUAAUAAUAUAUCUAAAAUGAUACCUAAUCCUUUACUCAUAAAAACUGCCAUGAAAUUAAAUAGCUUUGACUCUAGCCUGCAAACAGAACAACGAAAUCCAAAAGUUGAAGACUACAAAAAGUUUGGUGAGGAAUUAGGUAUUUCCAUUUUGAAUUCACGUAAAGCACUUGAGCAGAAUCUUUAUAUCUUAGAGAAUCCUACCAACUUGAAUGAGUAUUACGAUGCUUUUCCAAAAACUUUAACCAAAUUUUUUGAUGGCCUAGUUGGUUCUAUAAAACAAAAAAAGCAUCAGAUCAAUGAAAGAAAGAGAAGGCAGAAUGGAAAAUUGUCAAAAAUCUUUGAUACCUCAUCAGUUAUGAAGAUUACAACCUUUUUUGUCUCAAUUAUCUUCACAAUGGCUUUUCCAAAAUGGAAAAUUUGGUUUACCCAUGUAAUGGCUUCCCUUUGUCGUAGACCAAAAAUGAUUACAACACUACAAUCUAUACUUCAUAGAGUUCAUGCUGUUUCUUAUUCACAAGGUUAUGAAAUAGAAUUACAAAAAACCAGAAUGAAAAAUGCCAAACCUGAAUCAAAACUUAUUGAGAGUCCUUAUACUUUGAAUAUAUGUGCUAUUGACAACAUUGAUUUUAAAGAUAUUACCUUUCGUUAUAGUAAUAUUUAUGAUGCAACCAGAAACUCUGCACAUGCUACUCUCAGAAUGGUCUUCCAAUUUCAGCUUCCUUUACCUGUUGCUACAUUUUUGCAAAAUUACCAACAAGAUACUUUGGAAUUGAAGUUAUUUGGAACAUCAACUUUUACUGAAGAGUGGGAAAAUAAAGUUGGUAUGAUUUUUCAAAACUUUCUUAAAACUUGUGGAAAUGAUUUUGAUUUUCAGGAUAUCCAUAGAGAGAUUGCCUCAAAAGUUGAAUUGGGUUGCAAAAUUCCACCUCCAAAUGUUGUGAUUCUUAAGCCAGGUGAAGCACCUAAAAAUGAUAAAGCAGUCUUUGAUUCAAUAGAUAUGUAUAUUGAUGAUCUUAAACAAAAU